CGAAUAUUGACAUACGUCUUGCGAGUCUAGACAGAAAGUCAUUUGUUACGGGCAAAGUGACAUGUAAACAGUUGAUUUUCGCGUAAAAAUCGCGUGUGAUAGCGUCGCGACGGUGUCGAGCGCCUUUUCCGCCGUCCCCACGGCCUACUGUGAUCCCACGGCGAAAAAUCGUAUGUGUGCGUUUUUUUUUGGUGCGCGAUCGAGUUAACCUUGCUUCGGGACCGGGUGUCUUGAUGUGAUGAUGGUGUUUUUGUGCACGCGAGCCACGGCCUCUUGAUGGGGAGCGACUUCGAGGAAUUCGAGGUUUUUUGAGGGAAUUAUGUAAGAUGAAAUGGAGUGUGGAGUGCAAAGCGCAAUGAUCAGCGUGCCACCUGGUGGUGAUUCCGUGCCGCAGAGUCUAGCCACUACGGUGUUUCCCCCGCCAGACUCGGACCAGGCCCAGUUCGAGGCCGACAAGAGGGCGGUUUACAAGCAUCCGCUGUUCCCGCUGUUGGCACUACUGUUCGAGAGGUGCGAGCUGGCGACGCAGUCGUCGGACCCGCAAUCUAGCGAUGCGUUCAAUUUGGAUAUCCAGGCGUUCGUGCAGCACCAGGAACGGGACAGGAAGCCUUUUUUGGCGAACGAGCCGGAAAUUGACGGACUGAUGAUCAAAGCCAUCCAGGUCCUGAGGAUACACCUCCUGGAAUUAGAAAAGGUUCAGGAACUGUGCAAAGAUUUCUGUAAUCGCUACAUCACAUGUCUCAAAGGGAAAAUGCAGUCGGAAAACCUUCUGCGUUCGGAUUAUCCCCAAGACGUUUUAGGUGCAGCAGGUUUAAUGAAUAAUCUUGAAAAUAACAAUAACAACAUGAUGUCUCACGGGAACUCGGAAAGUGGGUCAGCUUCGAAUAGCCCUGUUCAAUAUUCCAUAAGUCCACCACAGCCGGUGGUAUCCACCGUCAUGGACCGCCAACUCGAAACCCCCUCGAACUACAGCGUCCCCCACUACAACGGCCCCACGCCGCCCCUCGCGCAGCCCCCCUGCGAGAACCUCGUGGUGCACGGCUCGACGCCGCUGUCGCAGAUCGGCGCCAACAUCUGCUCGGUGCCGGCCAGCGACACCUCCGGGCCGCUCUCGCCCGCCCCCACCACCCCCGGCGGCUCGAACGACGACUGCGACAGCGACUUCACGUCGCGCGGCGGCGGCGGCGGCAGCGUCGGCCGGAAGCAGAAGCGCGGCGUGCUGCCGAAGCACGCCACCAGCGUGAUGCGGUCGUGGCUGUUCCAGCACCUGGUGCACCCGUACCCCACCGAGGACGAGAAGCGGCACAUAGCCGCCCAGACCAACCUGACGCUGCUGCAAGUCAACAACUGGUUCAUCAACGCCAGGAGGCGGAUCCUGCAGCCGAUGCUGGACGCCAGCGCGCCGCCGGAGAACAACGUGACGGCGUCGCCGAACCACAAGAAGAAGAAGAACCAGAACAAUAACCGCAGGUUUUGGCCGCAGGACUUCGCGAACAUGCAGCCGCAGAUCGACAGCGGCAUGCUCUCCAGUUCCGACGACGAAGGCGACUCGUACAGCAGCGACGGCGAAGAAGGCAGCCUCGUGAUAGACUCCAACGCCCAGAACGAAAUCAACCAAAACGGGCACCAGGUGGACCCUCUCAGUUUCGCGAACAGCCCCGACACCGCCCCCGAAAGGCCAUGAACCAUUGACACUGACCCAGAUUGAAAUUCAUUCAUUGAGAGUUUCGUUUCAGAAAAUCAUAUCGAUGAGGCUACCAAAAACAUUCACCACGUUUGUGUUAAAAUCGGUCGAGACAAGACAAAAAUAAGGCUGAAUUAAAAUUGUAUGUUGAUUUAUCGAAACCUGUAUACGUAAUAUAUACCUCAAUUCCAUUGGACGUGUUUACGUUUUAAAUGUAUACGCAUUUUCAAAGUUAAUGCUCAUUCCAGUAUUAUGUAUAAAUUAAUAAAUAUUGUAAUAAAUUAUAAAUAAUCACUUUUGCAAGAUACGGCCCUCUAUUUCUCUCUAUUUACUCUCUCUUUGGAACCAUCUGUUUGUUUUCGUCGUUGUAUAAAUCGUUGUCAUUUUUAUUCUCAUCGUCGUACAGUAUUAGCGUAAGAUGUUUUUGAUUGAUCGGUGCGACAUUCGAAACACGAUUCGCACAUUCCAAUCUAACGAGAAUUUUAGUUUGAAUGUCGCGCUCAAAAAGUAUACUACUUGGAACUAAUAUACGUAAUUAUACAAUAAAUAGUUUAAGAUAUCUCAAGUUUCCAUCCAAAUCAUUGAAAAGCAUAUAUAUUGUUAGACGUAAGGGCCGAGAAGUUGGGGAGGUGGCGGUUAGAGGUCGCUCCAAUUAUUAUUUUCCUGUUGUGCACAGACCUGUGAUCGUCGUAGAGAUCCACAAAAACUUUUUAAUAUAGUUGUUAAAAACGCAAACUGAAUUAUAUUUCUAGGAUUUUUUUUUAAUUAUAGAAAAGUUAUAUGUAGAUUUGAAAACUCCAUUGAUAAAAACCACUUUGAUAAGGAUUUUAAAAAUCAUUUCUACUUUUUGUCGUAGAAACUUAUGUCAAAGCAUACAAAUUGUAGUGUUUAGUAAAUAUGUGAUUAAAGCCAGGUAAAAUAAGUCAAUUCUUAAUUCGACAAUUGUUUUAACGUAAAAAAAAAACAGAAAUAUAAAUGUUGUUUUUGGAUCGCUGUGCUAAUAUUUUGAAAGAGAAUUUGAAAUUUAUUGUAAAAAAAUUAAUCAGUUUUAACAUAAAAAUAUAAAAUCUUAACGUGAACAUUUAAUUUGAAACUUAAACGUGAAUAAUUAUUAGAGAUGAAAAUAAUGAAAAAAAAAAGUCAAAGAUUAGAGUUCUACGGUUAUCUGAAGGCUAUAAUUUAAAUAUAUUUUUAAGUAUAUAGAUUGUUCUGUUUUUUAGUCGUUAUACAGAACUUAGUUUUUUUAAAUAAAACAUCUAAUAUAUAAUACAUAUUCUCAUUAGCCUUGUCGUAGAAUUUAUAACCACGGUUUAUUUUUGUAAUUCAGAUGGGACGUUCCCACGUUAUUUACAAUAAUUUCUGUAGAAAUAAAAAAGGUACGCGGUUUUAAUAUACAAGUUUUUAUAAAAAAAAAUCUCAGAUUUUUCAAACAGAACACUUGUAUUUUAUUACUGUUUGUUACUCUAUUUUGUGUCCUUAUUCUUCUACGAUGCCGAUGUGUUUCUUAAAAAAUAAAAAAUCGUAACAACUAUCAACUUUAAAUGUAGAAAAUACUUAAUAAAAAAGAUAGAGAAGGAAAAAUAGAAUAAAAUGUGAUUUGAGAAAAACUAAAAUAUAGAUAUCUGAAAAUUGUUGAAAAAAUAAAUUUCAAAAGCUUUUAAAAAAUACAGACAAUACAGGUUAUAUCUUCGAUAUUUUUCUUUUUUUGUAAUUAUUUUAAGAAAUAUUUUCGGUUCUAACAUGUUCACAACCACAUUUUUUUUAUUUUCAGAUUAUGAAAAAAAUUAAGAUGUGACAUAUCUAACAAAAAAAAACUGUUCUUUCCGUACAUUUGCAUAAUUUUGAAAGUAUUUAAACAUUAAUAGAAUGGAAAGUGUUUAGUAAGUUUUUUUUUGAACAUUUUUUUGUCAUGGAUGUUUAAAAAAAAAGAAUUAUGUAUUAAAAAGUUAAUUAUGUUAAUUGUAAAAACAAAAAGCCGCCACUUGGAGUUUACCCGCCAACUUCCCGGCCCGUCGUAAUUAUGUUGCCAUUCGAACAUCGGGCAUUAGAGACGAUGCCAUUUCCUUUUUUAAAACUCAUGUAUACGUAAAAUGCAGUGUAUAUACGUUUUUCUAGUUGCUGUAGUGCGUGAGAACUAGGUUAUUCCGCGCAUCCUUGGACCAAACACCGCCCAGCAAUAACCCAUGUUUGGUCCAAGGAUGGGCGCUCGCCCAUAUCGGUGUUACGUUUAUUAUUUUGCUAUGUCGGUCUGUGAUAACUUAACGAUUGCUCGAAGUCAUUACAAGAAGAAGAUGAAGAAGAAGAAGCGUUUAGAUAUGCAUUUGAAAUACCGUCAAUACGGUUUCGCUUGAUCCAUGAUAGAUAAGUGAGCUUCUUGUGACUAUAUGUAUACGCUAAAUACUCAGUUUAGAAUAAGGUAAUUAAGGAGAUAAAUCUAGGUCGAAUUAGGACUAUCUAGAAUUGUUUUUCUUUUCUUUUCUCCUCUUCGUCGGAUGUUAUACUCGAGGUGAGCUCAACGCCACUCUCUACUUUGUUCUCUCUAUUUUGAGAUCUUUCGUGUUGUUUAUCUUGUUUUUUGUUGAUGACUUGUUGGAGACAUUCGGUUCGGUGGCCGUUGGGCGGUUCUCGAGACUGUCAUCGAUUAUAAGAUGCAACAAGUAUUUUUUAUUGCAAUAUUUGUUAGGAAGCUAUGUGUAACUUUGAUUGUAUCAUAAAUAAAAAUCAAAUCAGAUUAA